AUGGCUCGAAUCAAGAUGACUGUAAAACGUAAAAAAUCCUGCCAAGAACCUGAGAAAAACCAAGAUGUCUACUCAAGCACUGAGUCAGACUAUAAUGAAGAAAACCAAUCUGAAGAAACUUCCAUGAACACCAUUUCUUCAUCUCAACCAUCCAAAAGCUCCACUCCUCCAAAAAUCGUCAAAAAAUCCUCCCCCUCCACUCCUUCCAGGCGCUCCUCCAGAAUCAUGUCUGGAGCCGUUUCGACCAACAAGGCAACCCCUCAGGACAACACGAUUCAUGUCAUCAACUCUGAUGAUUCAGAGACCACUCCUCCUGUUGAACCAACACCACAACCUCCUCCUGCAAAAUCAAUGAAGAUUCAAACUGAUGACCGUCCUGCCUCAAAGAAAAGAAAAACUCGUCCUUCCUCUAUUUCUCAAAACUAUGAAGAUGAACCAUCUCAUCCUCCACCUGAGGAUACACCAUCACCACUACCAUCCUCUCCACUGCGUAACUCUCCUGAUCCUACUCCUUCUCCUGCCUCACCUGUCCCCACAACAACUCACAAACUGACUCCACUUCGUGAAGCCGAUCCUAUCCCUAAGGAUGCCUCAAAAUCAACUUCUCCUCAACAUAUGGAAGAUGGUGAGGAGUUAUACUUUGAUCUGAAUCUAUCUUACCCUCCAUCUCCUACGGAUGUGCCUAUGGCUUCUCCUCCCACUGUGCCAGUGGAUGAAGAUGUAAUCCCUCCACCAGAUUUUUCGCAACAAAUUCCUCCUGCUGCAAACUUUGACAAAACUGCUCAACCUCUCCCUGAGGUUACAGAUGUGUUCAGUUCCCUUGACUCCUUCUUCACUGCCAUGACUCAUAACCAGUCAAAGGACAAGGCUGGGAGCUCUCAGAAUAAGAGUUCCAGUGUCAACGACCAGCCUAAAGGCUCGGCUCCUAGCACAAGGCUUGGGGAAAACACGAAGCAGAUGAAACUCCUAAAAUUAAUUAGGAAAGACCAGAAGAAAAUUCUUCAGCGCUUCACUCAUUUUCAGAAUUCUUUGGUUCAGUUUGGGCUCAUUCUUGAAUGG